CCGGAUAAUAGAUUUAUAGUUGGCAAACAAUAAUAACGAUGGAGGGUUUCGAUCGACCAGAAACAUUCUUUGUCGAACAUUUUUCGACCGAUGAACCGGACGAUGGAAAGCAGCUAAAAUUGAAACAGUGCAAACAGAAGUUCAAGGAGUUUAUCCGGCAAUUUCACGAGGGCAAUUUUAACUACAAAUAUAGGGACGCUUUGAAACGAAACUAUAAUUUGGGUCAGUAUUGGGUCGAGGUAAAUCUCGAGGACUUGGCUGCAUUCGACGAAUCCCUUGCAGAGAAAAUAUAUAAACAGCCCCUUGAUUAUCUCCCGGUUUUUGAAGAGGCUGCCACUGAUGUUGCUGACGAACUCACCGCCCCCAGACCUCAAGAUGAAGAAAAAGUUGAGGACAUUCAGGUUCUCCUUUCAUCCGAUGGAAAUGCUACUCCUUUCAGGGGCAUGAAGCAUGAUGUUGUCUCCAAACUCGUUAAAGUACCUGGAAUCGUAGUAACUGCGUCAGGAAUCAAGGCAAAGGCGACUAGAAUCGCGAUACAAUGUCGAACUUGCAGAAAUGUUGUGCCCGACAUAGCCAUCCAGCCUGGUUUCGAGGGUUACCAAAUGCCACGGAAAUGCAACACUCAACAGACAGGAGCUACCGCAAAGUGCCCAUUGGAUCCGUACUUCAUAAUACCCGACAAGUGCCGAUGCGUUGACUUCCAGGUGCUAAAGCUGCAAGAAUUACCGGAUAAUAUUCCUCAGGGCGAAGUGCCGCGGCACUUGCAGCUGUACUGCGAUCGCUAUUUGUGCGAGAGAGUCGUCCCAGGAAACAGGGUCUUAAUACUCGGAAUUUAUUCAAUAAAGAAAAUCGACAAGACUGGAGGGCGGCGCGACACAAGGAACAAGGCAGCGGUUGGCGUUCGAGCGCCGUAUAUCAGAGUCGUGGGGAUUUCUGUGGAUGGUGACAACACUGGAAGCGGUACGCAAGCACCUUUCACCGCGGCCGAGGAGGACGUGUUUCGCCGUCUGGCUGCCGAUCCUGAAAUCUAUGAUAGGAUUUCCAGGAAUAUUGCGCCGAGCAUUUUCGGCGCUGAAGACAUGAAGAAGGCCAUCGCCUGUCUGCUCUUUGGCGGCUCUAGAAAGAAAAUGCCCGACGGCUUGUGCCGCAGGGGUGACAUCAACAUUCUCAUGCUUGGCGAUCCUGGAACGGCCAAAUCUCAGCUCUUAAAAUUUGUUGAACGCGUUGCUCCAGUCGCCGUUUACACUUCAGGAAAGGGCAGUUCGGCCGCAGGUCUCACUGCAUCCGUUACGCGCGAUCCAACGACGAGAAAUUUCGUGAUGGAAGGUGGAGCGAUGGUGUUGGCCGAUGGUGGAGUCGUCUGCAUAGACGAGUUCGACAAGAUGAAGGAGGACGACAGAGUCGCGAUUCACGAGGCGAUGGAACAGCAAACCAUAUCAAUAGCGAAAGCUGGGAUAACAACGACCCUGAAUUCGCGAUGCUCGGUUCUUGCCGCAGCCAAUUCGAUAUUUGGCAGAUGGGACGACACCAAGGGCGAGGAGAAUAUCGACUUCAUGCCUACCAUAUUAUCCAGAUUCGACAUGAUCUUUAUUGUCAAAGAUGAACACGAUCAGGCCAAGGAUAUCACACUGGCUAAACACGUGAUGAAAAUACAUACCAACGCCGGUCAGAUCACCGAGCAGCAAACGGACGGCGAACUAUCAUUGAACCUAAUCAAGAAAUACAUUCAUUACUGCAGAACGAAAUGCGGCCCAAGAAUAAGCAAGGAAGCUGGCGAGAAGUUGAAGAAUCGUUAUGUUAUGAUGCGCAGCGGUACCAGGGAGCACGAAAAAGACACCGAAAAGCGACUGUCCAUACCGAUAACCGUUCGGCAGCUCGAAGCCGUCAUCAGAAUAACAGAAUCUCUCGCGAAAAUGAGGCUGCAGUCGUUUGCCACCGAAAAUGACGUCAACGAGGCCCUCAGGCUCUUUCAAGUCUCGACGCUGGACGCUGCUAUGAGCGGAUCUUUGGCCGGAGCGGAAGGCUUUACAACGGACGAGGAGCAUGAGAUGCUGUCGCAGAUCGAGAAGCAACUGAAACGGCGUUUCGCUAUCGGAUCUCAAGUGUCCGAGCAGAACAUCGUCGCAGAUUUCACCAAGCAAAAAUAUCCCGAACGCGCGAUCUACAAAGUUAUUCACACAAUGAUACGACGCGGCGAAUUGCAGCAUCGCAUGCAGCGAAAAAUGCUCUACAGGCUUUCUUAAACUACAAGCGAUUAAAAAGAAGCAUACAGAGACGGGGUCCGUCUUUAGAUCCAGCUCGUAAAAACCGUCUGGAUCAAUCGUCGGAGCGUAUCCAUUGGGGUCCUUAACAAACGCGAAUGGCAUAUGGAUCAAGUACAUGUCCAAGUAAUCA